AUGGCGGAUGUUGAGGAUCUUCUUCGUACUGCAUCGGCUCCUGCUCCUCCAGCGAUGGUUGAUUCCGCUGGUGAUCCGUUGUCCCCUACCCUCGAUGGUAAUUCUGGGGACGACUCUGACAAGGAAGACUCCGCUGAUGAUCCUGCUGAGGGUAAUCAAAGGUUUGUGGGGUCUUCAUUACUAACUGAAGACGCCUUAAGGCGUAUGUGGAAGAAAUGCGGCUUUUCUCAAGAGAUCGAAGCUCAGGUUCUGCUGGAAAAGGAGAGACCAUGGUCAGCGCCUCCGGGUUGGGUGUGUUUGUAUAGUUUAUAUUUUCUUCAAUCGCGGUUGUGGUUUCCUCUUCCUCGUUUGCUGACUUCGUACGCUGUGAAGCGUGAUGUGGCUAUCUCUCAAAUGUCUCCGGCUGAUAUUCGUAAUAUGGUGAUUGCCUUGGUUCUUGGUGCGGAAGUUGAUGUCGAUGUUGACGUCGAGUUCUUCAAGAUGAUUUCCCAGAUGAACUUUAUUACGGAUGAGACGUUUUCUGUUAGUAUCAAGGCCCGCUGUCGCCUUAUGGAUGGUCGGGGACCGUCUAAAGUCGAUGGCUGGCAGCGGAAGUAUUUCUUUAUACAUAUUAGUCCUGCUUCCGUGCUUAAUUCUUCUGCGGUCUUUAGGACCGAGUGGAAUCCUCAGCCUGUGGCACACGGGAAGCAUUGGCCUCUUCCAUCAUGGGGGAACAAUCGUUUACAACGGGUUCUUGGCUCUGGGAGGAUUUCUUGGGGUGAUUUCAGCGUCGAGCGGUUUCCCGGGGAGCUGGUCCUGGUCCUUCCACAGCUGCUGGGCCUUCGAAGAGGAAGAGAGACGCUUCGCCCGGUAGGAGGAUGGGAAAGGUUAAGAGGGAUAUUCCUGUGUACUCCGGCCGCUGUCAUCAAGGGGCCGGCUUCCGGUCUUUCUCUGGUGAACCCAAAAGGGGGCACGUCUUCUUUUCCUUCGAUUCCAACCCCGAUUGUCACCAUCUCUGCCGCUCCUUUUGUUGAUCCUUCUACCUCCGUUGUUCAUCCAUCUCCUGACAAAGCGAUGGGUGAUCGCGAGCUAGUACCGGUGGUCGAUUCUUCUCAUCUCGGUGUUCCGGCGUCGUCUUUACUUGCAGCUUCCUCUUGUCCUGAUGUCUUAGUUGAUUGUGCACAGUUUCUUCGUAGCUUCCGUUUGUCGUCCAGUUCUAUGCCGGCUCUGGAAAAUUUUGUUUUUUCCUGGGAAUACGUUGAAUGGGCUUCAUAUGAGGCUCAGUCAAAAAUUCGGGGGAAUCAUCUGCUGGGGCUGUACGAACGGAAAUACAAGCGUCUUUUUGACGAUCUUAAGCUGGAGCGCCGCCUCUUGGUCGAAGAAAAGGACAAAUCAUCUAGUAUUUCUUUGUCUUUGAAGGCUUCAGAAGAGGGUUCGUCAAAGUUUGAAGCCGAGAAUCGGGACCUGAGAGUCGAGGUUGAAUGCCUUAAAGGUGAUGCCGCUGAGCGGGAUCGCCAUGAGAAGGGGUUGUUAUCCCAGAAGUCAGCUUUGGAGGUGGAGGUCGCGCGUCUGAACGAAUCCCGUACAGAGCUGAUAGAAUCGGAGAGACGUCGCGUUGAAUCGGUUAUGUCUGCUCGCUUCGGCGAUUUUGUGAAGAAGGUGAGGAAGUACUUGUCUGAUCGGGAUGUUGUUCUUCCUCAGGUUUUGGACGAGACUCAACUAUUGGAUGUCAUCAGUUGCCUUAAGUUGUUUAUCGAAGAGGGAAUUCCUAUUCCCGCAGAGAAGCUGGCUGAGAAUGAGCAAGCCUUGUUGGUACAGUCGGCUGCCUUGGAUCAGAUGGACGUGCUUGACUUGGAGCUGACUGACCUUCCGUCCUUUUCUUUGGAUGAAGACUUGACGGUCGACUGA